GGACGCUAGUAAAUCCCAGGGAGCGCACUGCGCACCCUGAACAAGUUAGCAAACCAUGGUCAACCUGAAAGAAUCCUCCGUUUGCCUAUAUAAAGAAGCCCAUUUCCACGCUUGGUUACCCACACCUGCUUCCUUUCGUUUUAGAGCUUCAAAUUCUAUUCAAUUCUCUCUUUAAUGGCUGCCGCAGACGUUGAAUAUAGAUGUUUUGUUGGUGGCCUCGCAUGGGCCACUACUGAUCGAUCCCUUGAAGACGCCUUCGCUCAGUACGGCGAGAUCAUCGAUUCGAAGAUCAUCAAUGAUCGCGAGACCGGCAGAUCUAGAGGAUUCGGUUUCGUUACCUUCAAGGAUGAACAAUCAUUGAGAGACGCGAUCGAAGGAAUGAACGGUCAGAGCCUUGACGGACGUAACAUCACCGUGAAUGAGGCGCAGUCCCGCAGUGGAGGCGGUGGAGGCGGCGGUGGAUUCCGUAGCGGUGGAGGCGGUGGUCGACGUGAAGGUGGAUACGGUGGUGGUGGUGGUGGUGGUUAUGGAGGUGGCCGUCGUGAAGGAGGUGGUGGUGGUGGAUAUGGAGGAGGUCGUGACCGUGGUUACGGCGGUGGUGACGGUGGGGCCCAUUACUCGAGGGGAGGCGGUGAUUCCGAGGGAAACUGGAGAAAUUAGUUAGAGAUAUAAUUAUCGGGAUCUGGUAUCGUGUUUUUGAUUUACGAAUCUGUUGUUGUGUUUCACUGUUUUUGACCUGUUACUCUCUGUCCUUGUCCAAUCCGAUGCUUUUAGAAAGCAAAAAAGUUAUAAUGAAUUUUUUUUAUGAUUCCGGUAUAUCAAAGUCCAUUGAUGAAA